GUUCUUACACGACUAAUACUAUAUAAGAACACGACGCUCGCGCCGUAUCCUCUUCCUCUUUUUAUCUCUUUUCUGCUUCUAGGGUUUACGGUGAGCGGUCCCAACUCCCAACUACCAAAUACCAAAUCUCUCUUUCUUUUUUCUCUCGAUUCGAAUCCAGGUCCACCGCCCAAUAUCCAAUCGGGUUCUUUACAGUUAGGGUUUACUGGAUUUGGAUGGGUACGGAGAGGAAGAGAAAAGUGAGCUUGUUUGAUGUGGUGGACGAGACUUCGAUAUCGGCGAAGAUAUCGAAAAUGAACGGCGCUGGUGGAGCGGCGAUGAAUAACAACGGAAACAAUAACAAUUUGAUAAAUCGGUGGACUGGGAAGCCUUAUUCACAGAGGUACUAUGAAAUCUUAGAAAAGAGGAGGACUCUGCCUGUUUGGCACCAAAGAGAGGAGUUCUUGACGGCUUUGAAGAAAAAUCAGGUCCUUGUUCUUGUCGGUGAGACUGGUAGUGGAAAAACUACUCAGAUUCCUCAGUUUGUCUUGGAAGCUGUUGACAUAGAAACACCUGACAAACGUAGGAAGAUGAUGAUUGGAUGCACACAGCCUCGUAGAGUGGCUGCAAUGUCUGUUUCUCGACGUGUGGCGGAAGAGAUGGAUGUGAAUAUUGGUGAAGAAGUCGGUUAUAGCAUCCGUUUUGAGGAUUGUAGCAGCGCAAGAACAGUUUUGAAGUAUUUAACUGAUGGUAUGCUUUUAAGAGAAGCAAUGACUGAUCCACUUUUGGAACGAUACAAAGUUAUAAUUCUUGAUGAAGCUCAUGAAAGAACUUUGGCAACAGAUGUAUUAUUUGGACUACUUAAAGAAGUUCUAAGAAAUAGAAAUGAUCUGAAGCUAGUUGUGAUGAGUGCAACACUAGAGGCUGAGAAGUUUCAGGGUUAUUUUAAUGAUGCACCUCUGAUGAGGGUUCCUGGUAGACUUCAUCCAGUGGAGAUUUUCUAUACCCAGGAACCUGAGAGGGAUUACCUUGAGGCAGCAAUUCGUACAGUUGUUCAGAUACAUAUGUACGAAACUCCUGGGGACAUACUCGUUUUCCUCACAGGUGAGGAGGAGAUAGAAGAUGCGUGCCGGAAAAUAACAAAGGAGGUUGGAAAUAUGGGGGACCAGGUGGGUCCAGUGAAGGUAGUGCCUCUAUAUUCUACUCUUCCACCUGCCAUGCAGCAGAAAAUUUUUGAGCCUGCUCCACUCCCAUUGACUGAAGGAGGCCCUGCUGGAAGGAAGAUAGUAGUUUCAACUAACAUAGCAGAAACUUCUUUGACCAUAGAUGGCAUUGUUUAUGUUAUCGACCCAGGGUUUGCUAAGCAAAAGGUUUACAAUCCUCGAGUGCGUGUUGAAUCCUUGUUGGUUUCCCCAAUAUCAAAAGCAAGUGCUCAUCAAAGGUCUGGCCGUGCUGGAAGAACUCAGCCAGGCAAAUGCUUCAGACUUUAUACAGAGAAAAGUUUUAAUCAAGAUCUUCAGCCACAGACAUAUCCAGAAAUACUGCGAUCGAACCUAGCAAAUACAGUUCUGACACUGAAGAAACUUGGAAUUGAUGAUUUAGUGCAUUUUGAUUUUAUGGACCCGCCUGCUCCAGAGACAUUGAUGCGGGCACUAGAGAUGCUGAAUUACUUGGGAGCAUUGGAUGAUGAUGGGAACUUGACAAUGCUUGGAGAAAUCAUGAGUGAGUUUCCUUUGGAUCCACAAAUGGGAAAGAUGCUGGUGGUCAGUCCUGAAUUCAACUGCUCAAAUGAGAUCUUGUCAAUCUCUGCGAUGCUUUCAGUACCCAAUUGCUUUGUCCGCCCUAGGGAGGCUCAAAAGGCUGCUGAUGAAGCAAAAGCUAGGUUUGGGCAUAUUGAUGGGGAUCACCUGACGCUGUUGAAUGUGUAUCAUGCAUACAAGCAGAACAAUGAGGAUUCAUCUUGGUGCUAUGAAAAUUUUGUCAACCAUCGGGCUCUCAAGGCUGCUGAUAACGUGAGACAGCAGCUUGUACGCAUCAUGGCAAGGUUUAACCUUAAGUUAUGCAGCACAGACUUCAACAGCCGUGACUACUAUGUCAACAUAAGAAAGGCUAUGCUAGCUGGAUAUUUUAUGCAGGUGGCCCACCUAGAACGCACUGGGCACUACCUGACAGUGAAAGACAAUCAAGUGGUGCAUUUACAUCCUUCGAACUGUCUGGAUCACAAGCCGGAGUGGGUUAUUUAUAGUGAGUAUGUCCUGACAAGCCGGAAUUUUAUUCGAACGGUGACAGAUAUUCGUGGUGAAUGGCUAGUAGACAUAGCACCACACUACUAUGAUUUAGCCAACUUCCCAAAUUGUGAGGCCAAGCGAGUUCUGGAGAAGCUUUAUCGGAAGCGGGAGAGAGAGAAGGAAGAGAACAAGAACAGAAAGUGAGAUGUGCACCUAUCUGAAUUUUUUCGACUUGCUCGAUAUUUCUUCCUCGGGAACGAAAUUAAAACUUAUUAUGACAAAGGACCCUCUGAGCGGUUCCCAUUUAGCCGGCCGAGCUCCCUGUACUUGUUGAAAUAUUAGGUUUAGAUUUUCUAUUGUACCCUUAGCAUUCCACAUUUAUGUUUGGAUAUGGCUAUGUGGCUGCAUUGCUAUUCAAGUUCAGUUGGACAUUCGAAAAAAGAACCGAGUUUGAAUGUGAA